CUUUGGUGUUUUCAGUUUUCAAUUCAUUUCAAUUUUGUGAAUGGAAUGAUACAAAAUAUUAACUUGGACUUAUUGUAUUAAGAAUAAAAACAAUAAUAAAUGGAUAAAUGCUAAGACUUUGUACAUGAUGGGAAACGAAAAUUCGCAAUUAAAUGGACUAGAAAUUGAAGAAAAGGCAGUGGAAAUAACCGACUUUUGGUCUCAAUAUCAGGCCACGAUUAAAGAUAGUUGUAGAUAUUUUAGUUUGAAGAGUGAUGGUUCGGUGUCUGUUUUUAAAGGAGAAGCAGCAUUAGGUCCUCUCUGGGCAGUUUCAACGCCACUGGAGAAAUUUUCUAAUAAUCUGUUGAAAUAUAGACAUCCCUGCAUUGUACGCUAUAUAUCGGCAUGGCAACAGCGUUCUACUCUUCAUUUGGCCACUGAAUAUGUCCAACCAUUAUCGCAAGUUUUGAUGACACAAACUCCUCUUCAAAUUUGCAUUGGACUGAAUAAUAUUUUACGAGCUUUGGUUUUCUUGCAUAAUCAGGCUGGGAUGUCACAUAAUAACAUAUGUGUAUCUGCAGUUUAUAUUACUGGUGAUGGCCAAUGGAAACUAGGUGGACUUCAGUAUCUUUGUUCAUAUUCUGAACUUACUGCUGCAUAUUUAAAACAUGCUAGAAUCCACAGAUAUGAUAAAGCUGUAGAUCCAAAUGAAGAUUCAUAUAUGAUCACUACAAAAGUUGACCAAUACAGUUUUGCUGUUCUAGUGGAAGAUGUUUAUCGUAACCACAAAGAUGAUGAUGUUCCACAUUUAAAGGAGUUCAAGAGAUAUUGUAGAGACUAUUUACAGCAUGAUGACCCAGCACAGAGGCCAGACUUAUCAGUUGUACUCCAACACAACUUCUUUAACCAUGAAUUUAUAUCUAUUUACAAAUUUCUCAAUUUCUUACCACUUAAAACUGAAGAUGAGAAAAGUGAAGUUUUCAGUAACAUUUUGGAUAACUUACAAUGUUAUGAUGAAGAAACUGUGGCUAAACAACUUGGUGGAUUAUUAUUGUCUAGACUAACUAUGUUGGAUCAGACGGCCCGCAAAGCUGUGAUACCCUUCAUUCUUAAACCAAAAAAUGAAAGGACACAAAAUGGAGAACACACAGGAUUUUUCAGUUUGAGUGUAUUUAAAGAACAUGUUAAACCAAGAUUAAUGCAAUUAUUUGGUGUUAGAGAUAGUCAAAUCAGAACUUUACUAUUGACACACUUCUCAAAAUUUGUUCAUGUAUUUUCUCAUGAAGAACUAUCUCAACAUAUUUUACCAGAGUUGCUGUUGGGUAUUAAAGAUACAGAUGAUAAUUUAGUAGCAGCCACUCUAACAUGUUUAAGUGAAUUAGUACCAAUAUUAGGUGGCGAUACAGUGAUAGGCGGCAAAAGAUCAAAGUUUUUCACAGAUGGAAGGCCUAAUUCUAAAUCUGCUUCAGAAAAUGUACAUGAUCAGAAAUUAUUUUCACCAAAAUCAUUAAGAGAUUUACCAUGUUCAGAAAAUAUAUAUAAUCAUGAAGAGAUAGAACAACAAACAUAUGAAAAAAUAUUAACACUAAAUGAACGACCAUCACCAGUUGGUGGAGAAUCCAUAGAAGAUGCAGCAACAGAAACAACAAUAAAUAAAGUAGAGAGUGAAGAUGACUGGAGUGAUUGGGAUAACACAAAUCGUCAACUUACCAUAGUUAAUACUGUUGAAACAAUCAAUGUUGAUAAUGACGAACAAAAGCAUAAUGAGCAAAUCAAUGUGUUACAUAGUUUAAAUGAACCACAAUCUGUAAAAACAACUGCAAGUACAACACUUUUACAAAAAGCGGCACUGGAAGCAAAAAAAAACAUUUUAGACAUAUCAGAGUUAGAUAUUAAAAAUCAAAAGAUAGAUUAUUCAAAGAAAAGUUCAGAUGAGUUUGAUUUUUUCGCAGAUAUGAAACCUAUUAUUGAAAAACCAACAAUUGUCCCGAUUGCUCAACAUAAUAUGAUCGAUGAUUUAAGUAGCAAAUUGAAUUUUGUUCCAAAUGAUAAUCAUGAUGAGGAUGAAAAUGAAGGUUGGGGUGACACUUGGAAUGAUUAACUGGGUUUGUGCAAUUGAAACUGAAUCAAGUUACUGUAUAGUGUAUUUAUUUAAUAGGCACAAAUUAACAUAUGUAUAUUUAUUUAAUAUAUUUUCUAGUAAUGUAAAUAAAUUGUAUAUUGUGAAUAAACUUGCAUUAUAAAAAUAACAUGAAAUUAUAGAGUAAAAGUGUAAUGUUCCGCCACUCAUUUUCAUUCCAAUAAUAAGAGUGGAUGAAACAAAUCUUUAGGGCAAGAAAGGGAAACUUAAAGGAACAUUAUAUCAACCCAGAGCUAAUCCAUAUCAUAUAUGAGGAUAGUUCCGGGCCCAGCACCAUAAACAUUCAGUAACUUAUAAAACGAUCUCUCUGUAACUCAUUGUAAUUCUGGUAGCGGUAUACACAAAGGUUUAUAUUAUAUAAGACAUUAUUAGAAAUAUACUCAAUGACUUUUUAUUAAAUUUCGAAGAAAAUUAGGGGAUUAUGAAAAAAUACAAUAUUAAGCGAUUUACAUUUUCUGUGAAAAUACAGUACAAAGGUCCACUCUCCGCGUAGUAAAUCGCGAUACGAGUGUCGAAACACAACUAGACAAUGACCGCUUCGGGAAAGACGAGUGUCUAUCCAGCACUAAAGGUUUUUGAAUUUGUUUGUCUUGUCGACCUUAUCUACACAUCUAUUAUUGUUAUCGCAAGUAGUGCAGAAUAGAAGGUACGACCACUGUGGACAUUUGUAUAUAUUAAAAGAUAGGACAAGACAUGGAAUAGUAUUAAAAUUUGUGGUUAAAUGUAAGAAAUAUUAUCGUCUAAAAUGAGAUAACACUAUUAACAAAAGCUAAGAACUUUAUAUAUAUAUAUACAUUAUAAUUAAAUAGUCUUCCGCAAAUAAAAAAUACCUUUUGUUUUUUAUUUUUGUAUCAAUGGCCUUCAUGUAUGUACUAUGCCAAAUAUUUUCGUACGGUAAAUAGUCAUUCGGUAUAUACUCAAAUUUUUUUUUUAUUUUACCAAGUUAAUUACCUCCAAAUAACAGUUACUGUAAUUGCAGAUGGAAAUAAAUAA